GCGCUCGGAGGCGCGCGGCGUUGGGCGUGUAACGGCCGUUAGGCGAGGUGAGGAACCGACGCGGCAGAGGUGGCGGCCACGGUCGGUACUCCCGAGUGAGGGGUUUCGCCGCCCGCUUUCAGACAGUUGUAAUAUCUGUGAUGGCCAUGCAGGAGAAAUACCCCGGUGAAAGGAUUUCUCAUGCCGCCUCUCCAGGUCCCAGUGCAGUUCAGAAGGUCAGUUCCCUGGGGGCUGAAUGGCAGACCCCAGUGCUCUCAGAGGCAUUUCGGAGCCGCUUCAGCCGCUGCCCGAGUGUAGCCGAUAGUGGGGACACAGCUAUUGGCACAUCAUGCUCAGAUCUUGCAGAGGAUUUUUGCAGUUCAAGUGGCAGUUCUUCUUUCCAGCCCAUCAAAAGCCACAUAACCAUUCCAACAGCCCAUGUGAUGCCUUCUACUUUGGGGACUUCUCCUGCCAAACCAAAUUCUACACCCUCUGGGCCUUCUUCCUCCAAACUCCCUUUGUCUGGGUUGGGUGAAAAUGUGGCCAUGGCAAGAAAUGGAGACCUCGGUGCAAUGAAACGCUCCCCAGGCCUGUCUCGAGACCUUAUGUAUCUCUGUGGUGCUGCUGGAGACAACGGGAAUGAGCAGUCUUGGUUUCCAGCAGUGGGCCAUGAAAGAGAGGAACAAGUGAGGAAGUUUGAAAUUCCUAGUGUGGAACCGACCCUCAAUCAGUCAGCAGUGAUGGAAACCCUUUAUUCAGAUCCUCACUACCGAGUCCACUUCCACAAUCCAAAAACUGACACGAGCAAGGAGUUGUACAAAGUGUUACCUGAGGCCAAGAAGGCACCAGGUAGUGGGGCAGUAUUUGAGCGAAAUGGACCACACCCUAGCAGUAAUGGGGUGCAUCACUUGGGACUCCAGCCUGCUCCUGGGAUUUCGAAGGCUCUGCCUUCUCAGGUGUGGCAACCAAAUCCUGACCCUUGGCAUCCUCGGGAGCAGUCUUGUGAACUCAGCACCUGUCGGCAGCAGCUGGAAUUGAUCCGGUUACAGAUGGAGCAAAUGCAGCUUCAGAACGGAACCCUCUGCCAUCAUCCUGCUACUUUUGCUCCUUUACUGCCUGCCUUAGAGCCAGCCCAGUGGAUCAGCAUCUUGAACAACAAUGAACACCUUCUUAAGGAAAAGGAGCUCCUCAUUGACAAGCAGAGGAAACACAUUUCCCAGCUGGAGCAGAAAGUUCGAGAGAGUGAGCUGCAAGUCCACAGUGCCCUUUUGGGCCGCCCUGCUCCCCUUGGGGAUGUCUGCUUGCUCAGGCUACAGGAAUUGCAGCGGGAAAACACUUUCUUACGUGCUCAGUUUGCACAAAAGACGGAGGCCUUGAGCAAAGAGAAAAUCGAGCUGGAAAAAAAGCUGUCUGCUGCAGAAGUGGAAGUCCAGCUCAUCAGAGAAUCUCUCAAAGUGACACUGCAGAAGCAUUCGGAGGAGGGGAAGAAACAAGAAGAAAGGGUAAAGAGUCGUGAUAAACACAUCAAUAAUUUGAAAAAGAAAUGUCAAAAGGAAACAGAGCAGAACCGGGAGAAGCAGCAACGUAUUGAAACCUUGGAGCGCUACUUGGCUGACCUUCCCACACUGGAAGACCACCAGAAGCAGAGCCAGCAGCUUCAGGAUUCCGAAUUGAAGAGCACAGAGCUACAAGAGAGAGUGACUGAGCUGGAGAGUUUGCUGGAGGAAAGCCAGACGGCCUGCCGGGAGAAGGAAGUUCAACUGGAAAGCCUGAGAGAGCGAGAAGCAGAAUUUUCCAGACACAACCUGCAAGACAAGCAGUCAAUGGAGAACGCCAGUGGAGAUGAAGGCCCCAGCAUGGACACAGAGACCUGGCAACAGGAAUGUGACUCCCUCCGCAAGGUCGUGGAGAAGCAACAGCAGAAGAUGGAUCAGCUGCACUCACAAGUGCAGAGCCUUGAGCAGGAAGUGGCUCAAGAAGAAGGAACAUGUCAGGUCCUGCGAGAGGAAGCCCAGCGGAGGGAGACAGCUCUGCAGCAGAUGCGCACAGCUGUGAAGGAGCUUUCAGUACAAAACCAGGACCUGAUCGAGAAGAAUCUGACCCUGCAGGAGCACCUGCGCCAAGCCCAGCCGGGGACCUUGCCUUCAGCAGACACAGCCCAGCUGGUGUCGGAGCUGCUCCAGGAGCUGACUCGUUGCCUUCAGGAUCUGCAGGCUGUCUGCAGCAUCAUCACCCAGAGGGCCCAGGGUCAUGACCCUAAUCUCUCCCUGCUCUUGGGCAUUCACUCUACACAGCAUCCAGAGACACAGCAGGAUUUGCAGAAGCCAGAUGUGAUCAAGAGGAAGCUAGAAGAGGUCCAGCAGCUACGCCAGGACAUCGAGGACUUAAGGACCACCAUGUCAGACAGAUAUGCCCAGGACAUGGGAGAAAACUGUGCCACACAGUGAGGAAUGUGGGGCUGGGACAGGCUGCACCACAAGGCCUGCAGGAGCCUAGUGCAAGGGAUUCCUGCCCUAACACUGUGUUGCCUUCUGUGUGUGGCUCCCAGGGGAGAGCCUGCAUCUGGAGGCCGAGGGUUGCUGAGGGAACUAGACCUGCCCUGUUGCCCAUCCCAGCUGGC